AUGAAAAGAUCAAGUGACGGGAAGAGGAAAGACAGUUCUUCGAUGGGGAAAGAUCUUUUCGGACGGGAGAUUCCUUCUUCAGGCUUCUGGUCUUCAGAGGACAAUGAGACGCUUCUCAUUUUCACUUCGAAGAAUUUGGAGAAUAGAAAGAAAAUAGCAGCUUUUGACAUGGAUGGAACGUUGAUAACUACUAAAUCAGGAAAAGUUUUUCCUGUAGAUACUAAUGAUUGGAAACUCUUGGACUCGAAAAUUCCAAAAAAACUAGCGGAGUUGUACAAUGACGGGUAUAAAAUUUGUAUUUUCACUAACCAGAAAGGUCUUGAGAAAGGACACGUCCUCAAGAAAGAUUUCCAAAAAAAAAUUGAAGCUGUUGUUAAAGCUUUAGGAGUACCAAUUCAUGUGUUUAUCUCCGCUGGAAGUGGGAGAUUUAGGAAGCCUUGUACGGGUAUGUGGGAAGCAUUGGAAAGGUAUAACGAUGAUGUCAAAAUUGAUAAAGAAGAAAGUCUUUUUGUCGGAGAUGCUGCUGGUCGAAUUGUCACAAAGACAAGGCCAAAAAAAGAUCAUUCAUCAGCUGAUCGUUUGCUCGCCAUAAAUUUAGGAUUGAAGUUUUUCACCCCUGAACAAUUCUUCUUCGAAAAAAAAGAAGAACCUUGGAAAACACCCGCUUUCGUACCUACGGAGUUUAUAGCCAAGAAAUUGCCUUUGUUAGAACCAGAACAUGCCAAAGUGCCUUCUCAGGAUAAGGAACUCAUCCUUAUGGUGGGAUUUCCUGGCUCUGGAAAAUCGACUUUCGCUAGAAAUAUUGCAGCUGAGCACAAUUAUGCCAUCGUUAGCAGGGAUAUUCUUGGGACUUGGCAAAAGUGUGUCGCUCAAGCGAAGAAAGAACUGGAGGACGGACGAAGUGUGAUAAUAGACAACACAAACCCAGAUGUAGAAUCGAGGGCUCGUUAUGUGUCAUUGGCAAAGACUAUGUCUGUUAGUGUGCGAUGUUUUGUCAUGAACUGCACGAUGGAUCAUGCUCUACACAAUAUUCGUUUCCGAACUUUGACUAAUUCAAGCGUACCGAUCGUCUCAUCGAUGGUUUUGAGAAUGCACAAUAGUAAAUACAAGAAACCUGAGCUCUCGGAGGGAUUUGAUGAGAUUGUCAGUGUAAAUUUCGUAGCAGAUUUCUCUAACGAUGAACACGAAAGAUUGUAUUCGAUGCAUUUAAUCGAAUGA